GAGCGGCGCGGGCGGCAGCAGCUCUGCGAUGGGAUGACGCGCUCGGCGGGCAGGCGGCUCUACUAUGAUUUGCUAUGUGGCCACUUUGGUAGCAAGUGUGCUUGGCGCCGCAGGGCUCGCAGCUCAAGGUGCCCAUGGCCUGCGAGAGGAGCCCGAGUUUGUGACUGCGCGGGCCGGCGAGGCAGUGGUGCUGAGAUGCGACGUGAUUCACCCGGUGACGGGGCAGCCCCCACCCUAUGUCGUGGAGUGGUUCAAGUUCGGGGUCCCCAUCCCCAUCUUCAUCAAGUUUGGCUACUACCCGCCCCACGUGGACCCCGAGUAUGCAGGCCGGGCGAGUCUUCAUGACAAAGCAUCUCUGCGGCUGGAGCAGUUGCGCUCAGAGGACCAGGGCUGGUACGAGUGCAAAGUGCUUAUGCUGGACCAGCAGUAUGACACCUUCCACAACGGCAGCUGGGUGCACCUCACCAUCAAUGCUCCUCCCACCUUCACGGAAACACCCCCCCAGUACAUCGAGGCCAAGGAAGGUAGCAGUGUUACCAUGACCUGCACAGCUUUUGGGAACCCGAAGCCCAUCGUCACCUGGCUCAAGGAGGGGACACUCCUAGGUGCUAGCAGGAAAUACCAGGUGAGUGACGGGAGCCUGACAGUGACAUCAGUCAGUCGGGAAGACAGAGGUGCCUAUACCUGCCGGGCUUACAGCAUACAGGGGGAGGCCAUCCACACCACCCACCUGCUCGUCCAAGGACCUCCUUUCAUCGUUUCCCCUCCUGAGAACAUCACUGUCAACAUAUCCCAGGAUGCUCUGCUCACCUGCCGAGCGGAGGCGUAUCCUGGCAACCUCACCUACACCUGGUACUGGCAGGACGAGAAUGUCUACUUCCAGAAUGACCUGAAGCUGAGGGUGCGCAUCCUGAUUGACGGGACCCUUAUCAUCUUCCGGGUGAAACCAGAGGAUGCCGGGAAGUACACCUGUGUCCCCAGCAACAGCCUGGGGCGCUCCCCCUCGGCCUCGGCGUACCUGACCGUGCAGUACCCAGCCCGCGUCCUCAACAUGCCCCCUGUCAUUUACGUGCCCGUGGGAAUCCACGGCUACAUCCGCUGCCCUGUGGAUGCAGAGCCUCCGGCCACCGUGGUCAAGUGGAACAAGGAUGGCCGCCCCCUGCAGAUUGAGAAGAACCUGGGCUGGACCUUGAUGGAGGACGGCUCCAUCCGCAUCGAGGAGGCCACAGAGGAGGCCCUUGGCACUUAUACCUGUGUGCCUUACAAUACCUUGGGGACCAUGGGCCAGUCUACCCCUGCACGACUUGUCCUGAAGGACCCCCCGUAUUUCACGGUGCUACCGGGCUGGGAGUAUAGGCAGGAGGCCGGCCGGGAGCUGCUUAUCCCCUGUGCUGCCGCCGGAGACCCCUUUCCCGUCAUCACCUGGAGGAAGGUAGGGAAGCCCAGCAGAAGCAAGCACAACGCCCUGCCCAGUGGGAGCCUCCAGUUCCGCGCUCUGAGUAAGGAGGACCACGGCGAGUGGGAGUGCGUCGCCGCCAACGUGGUCACCAGCAUCACUGCCAGCACCCACCUCACCGUCGUCGGCACCAGCCCCCAUGCCCCGGGGAGCAUCCGGGUCCAAGUCUCCAUGACGACUGCCAAUGUGUCCUGGGAGCCAGGCUACGAUGGAGGCUAUGAGCAGACAUUCUCAGUCUGGUACGGGCCUCUGAUGAAGCGGGCACAGUUUGGACCCCAUGAUUGGCUGUCUUUGCCAGUGCCGCCGGGGCCCAGCUGGUUGCUGGUGGACACUCUAGAGCCCGAGACUGCGUACCAGUUCAGUGUCCUGGCCCAGAACAAGCUGGGGACGAGCGCCUUCAGUGAGGUGGUCACUGUGAAUACUUUAGCAUUCCCGGUCACAACUCCAGAACCCCUGGUGCUGGUCACCCCACCAAGGUGCCUCACAGCCAAUCGGACCCAGCAGGGGGUGCUUCUGUCGUGGCUGCCCCCUGCCAACCACAGCUUCCCCAUCGACCGCUACAUCAUGGAGUUCCGGGUCGGAGAGCGCUGGGACACGCUGGAUGAUGGCAUCCCGGGCACCGAUUUGGAAUUCUUUGCCAAGGAUCUGUCCCAGGACACCUGGUACGAGUUCCGGGUUCUGGCCGUCAUGCAGGACCUGCUGAGUGAACCCAGCAACAUCGCCGGAGUCUCCAGCACAGACAUCUUCCCGCAGCCAGACCUGACUGAUGAAGGGCUGGCUCGGCCUGUGUUGGCGGGAAUCGUGGCUACCAUCUGCUUCUUGGCAGCUGCCAUCUUGUUCAGCACCCUGGCCGCCUGCUUUGUCAACAAGCAGCGCAAGCGUAAGCUCAAGCGCAAAAAAGAUCCUCCGCUCUCCAUCACUCACUGCAGGAAGAGUCUGGAAUCUCCUUUAUCCUCCGGCAAGGUGAGCCCCGAGAGUAUCCGGACGCUCCGCGCCCCGUCGGAAUCCUCAGACGAUCAGGGCCAGCUGGCAGCCAAAAGGAUGCUGAGCCCCACGCGGGAGAAGGAGCUGUCGCUGUACAAGAAAACCAAGAGGGCCAUCAGCAGCAAGAAGUACAGUGUGGCCAAAGCCGAGGCCGAGGCCGAAGCCACCACCCCCAUCGAGCUCAUCAGCAGGGGCCCCGACGGCCGCUUCGUGAUGGGCCCCUCUGAGGUGGAGCCUGCACUGAAGAGCAGGCGCAUCGAGGGCUUCCCCUUCGCGGAGGAGACGGACAUGUACCCCGAGUUCCGCCAGUCGGACGAGGAGAACGAUGACCCGCUGGUGCCCACCUCAGUAGCUGCCCUCAAGUCUCAGCUGACCCCUCUGUCAUCCAGCCAGGAGUCCUACCUGCCGCCACCAGCAUACAGCCCUCGGUUCCAGCCCCGUGGCCUGGAAGGGCGGCUCCAGGCCACCGGCCAAGCCCGGCCCCCUGCUCCCCGGCCCUUCCACCACGGCCAGUAUUAUGGUUACCUCAGCAGCAGCAGCCCCGGGGAGGUGGAGCCCCCACCUUUCUACAUGCCGGAGGUGGGCAGCCCCUUGAGCUCCGUCAUGUCCUCACCGCCCCUGCACGCCGAGGGGCCCUUCGGCCACCCGACCAUCCCCGAGGAGAACGGAGAGAACGCGUCCAACAGCACGCUGCCCCUGACUCAGACGCCCACGGGAGGGCGCUCCCCCGAGCCCUGGGGCCGGCCCGAGUUCCCCUUCGGGGGGCUGGAGACCCCAGCCAUGAUGUUCCCCCACCAGCUGCACCCCUGUGAUGUAGCCGAGAGUCUGCAGCCCCAGGCCUGCCUCCCCCGAGGACUGCCCCCCGCGCCCCUCCAGGUGCCCGCGGCCUACCCGGGCAUCCUGUCUCUGGAGGCACCAAAGAGUUGGGCGGGCAAGUCGCCAGGCAGGGUCCCCGCCCCGGUGCCCACCGCCACCAAGUGGCAGGACAAACCUAUGCAACCUCUGGUGAGCCAAGGGCAGCUAAGACAUACCAGCCAAGGUAUGGGCAUUCCGGUGUUGCCUUACCCCGAGUCGGCCGAGCCGGGCGGGCAUGGUGGCCCCAGCACGUUCGGUCUGGACACCCGGUGGCCUGAGCCGCAGCCCCGGCCCCGGCCCAGCCCCCGGCAGCCCCGGCGCGCCGAGCCCAGCUUACAUCAAGUGGUGCUACUGCCCUCCCGACUCUCCCCUCUGACCCAAAGCCCCCUCGGCUCCCGGACGGGCUCCCCGGAGCUGGCCGCCCGGGCCAGGCCUCGCCCGGGCCUGCUGCAGCAGGCGGAGAUGGCGGAGAUCACCCUCCAGCCGCCGGGCGCCGUCAGCUUCUCCCGCAAGUCCACGCCGUCCACGGGCUCGCCGUCUCCGAGCAGCCGCAGCGGGAGCCCCAGCUACCGGCCCGCCAUGGGCUUCACCACCCUGACCACAGGCUACCCCUCCCCUCCGCCGGGCCCUGCUGGGCCUGGGGACAACCUGGACGUGUUUGGACAGACGCCUUCCCCUCGGAGGAUGGAGGGGGAGCUGCUCAGGCCCGAGGCCCCCCCUCCAACGUUACCUACUUCAGGAACACGGUCGCCUGUGCCCGGGACCACUGCUGCACCUGAGAGACUGGAGGCUCUGAAAUACCAGCGGAUAAAGAAGCCCAAAAAGUCAUCCAAGGGCUCCUCGAAGUCAAAGAAACGAUCCGACGGUUCUGCCCCCCAGGCUCAGCAGCUUCCAAACUCCCAGGUUCUGUGGCCCGACGAAGCUGUCUGCCUCCGAAAGAAGAAGAGACACUCUCGACCUGACCCCUUUGCCCGCCUCUCAGACUUGUGCCACCGCCAGCUCCCUGAAGACCAGACAGCGAUCCUCAACAGCGUGGACCCUGACGACCCAGGCCACGCCACUCUGCUGUGACCCGACGCUGCUCCGCACAUCCUGGGGCUAGAGUCAGGUCGAGGGGGCAAGGGAAGGGGUGUGUGGUCAAGGGCAUGAGAAGACCAGGAAGAGGGACGCUGCGCGGUGACUUGUCCUCUUCUAUAAGCAAAGGCAUGGCCCCAGCCUUUAGUUGCCCAGACCUUUGCUCCGUGUGCUCGCUCUCCAGAGACAGAGGGCUGAGGGCAGACUUGGAAGCUCUGGGUAGAGAGGUUGGGAAGAGAACUGGGGGUGGGAGAGGCCAGCCUCACAUCUCUCCUCUCCACUAGAUUGAUUUUUCUCACCUCUUCAAAGCAUCUUGGACAGGAAGAAGAUGAAAGCAUGGCUUUUAUUGCUCUCUGCUUCUCUCCCAGUUUUUCAAGUCCUGGGUGAGAGCUGGGCUUCCAUGCCAUCUUCCCAACUCUACAUAUAUAUAGAUAUAGAUACAAAUGCACAUGUGCAUCAUAUGUGGUCUCUCUAUGUGUAUAUAUAUGUACAGUGGAGCAGAGCACGGUUUAUUUCUGUGGUUGUUGGCAGACGGAGGACAAGGGCUGUGCGCUCUGUGGCUUUGUGAGUGGGAGUCUCUGAGGGCUGGCCGGGUGUGCUGGUGUCUGUCUCGGGGGAUUUUUCCUCUUGAAACAGGAGAGACCGUUUGUCUCUCUGCCUUCUCCCAUUCAGAGCAGGAAUGGGGCCUUUCCACGAUUUCCAGCUGCCUGCUUUGGGGGUUCGGCAGUGACUUACCACAGAACUAAACACACGCUUUUAUUCCUUAGUUCCCAGGUGAAGAAAGGGGGGCCUGGCAAAGGGCCACACUGCCCUCUUUCUUCCUUCCUCAGUUUGGAUCGUGCAACAGUGGAGACCUCCAGGUCCUCUCGGCCCAGCCAGGGCCACCUGUGCCGAGCUCCAAGCUGCCGCCGCUCUAUUUAUACCAUCUCUGGCUCGGCACCCUCCAGAGUGCUGCUCUGUAGCGGCUGAUUGGAUCCCUCCUUCCUUUUUGUGGGAGCUAAUUCCCCAGAUUGAUUAAUUGCCGCUUGUGCGGAGCCUGCCCCGCGGCUCCUUUCAGUGCUCUCUGCGGCUGCCUGCGAUUCUUCUUUGCCCUGAGCCUUCCUGCACUGCACGGACCCAGGCUACAGUAGGAUGGGAUCAGAUGAAGCCAGGGUGCUUUGGAUUUCUGGGUUCUGGGGGCGCUCUGGGUACCCACCCUCUUUCCCCAGUUUGUUUCUGUGUUGAGGUUUGGGGAUGACGGUAGAAGGCAGGUAGGUAGGGCUUGGGCUCUAAUCCUUCCUCUGCCAAAAUCUUGUCCUAGUCCAAACUCUUAGCACCCAGAAGCUUUGGUGGAGCCAUUGUCCAGCUACUAAAGAUGUAUCUCUCUUCCAACAAGAUAAAGGUGCUGCCCAGAUGCAGGACGGAAGGUUCUGAGGUGGGUGGAGGGUACUUCCCGCCUCUCUUCCCAGGCCUUCCAGCUCGCCCCAGUACAAAGGUGGCCACCAGGCUCCUUGAAGUAUCUCCUUCUUGGUGCUGCUGGCUUGGUGGGUCUGGGGGCAUCCACUUCUCCCCUUCGACUUUAGCCAAUUCUUGAGCAGUGGAGGCUUCUCCUGGUCUCCCUGCAGCUGCCAAUGGCUUGGCCCCAUGACCUGGUCCAGAUGGGAACUCUGAGAGCUGGGAGGCUGAUCCUUCCUUGGAGCUCCCAGCUUAGGUGAUUCAUUUCUUCUCUGCUAGACAGGCCCUGGUGCUUCCUUUCUCCAGCCCAGUGAGCUGGGGACCAACUCUGCCCUUGAGGUUCACCUGAGGCAAGGCACACAACCAUUCCUCAAUGGGAUAAACUGGGGCGAAGGAGGCAGAAAGGGGUGUAAUUCUGGCCCUCAUAUUGUCAAGAGCGUGUUGCUCUGGGGUGGGCUUUGUGCUCUUGGGUUGCAGUUUGGACCUUCAGGGUGAUGCUCCUUUCCAGGGGCACCCCAAACCACAUUGCUCUAGGGAAACUGAAGCACCAAGGUUGGGCGACUCUUUGUCUUCUUUUGGGGGUCACUGCCACAAUACACUGAUCCCUCAAGCAUCUUCCGAUGCCUCCCUGAGAUAUCUGGCCUGGGGUGUGGGAUCUCACAUGGGGUCCUUCUGUAGGCUUCAUCUGAACUCUGACAGCAUGUUCUUCCUUGACCAGGGUGGAAAUCUGGGUAGUCUGCCCAGAUCUUGGGGUAUAACAUUAGUGUGAACUGUCAGGGCUGCUGGACAUCAGGAUGAGUUAGGCCAGGCCUUCCUGAGCAUUUUCCCGUCAGACUCUGGGGAACUCUGGGCCCUGAGAUGGGAAAGGAAGAGGAAAAGAGGAGGCAGAAGGCUUUGUUUCUUCAGGAUGGUCUGUGGGGUUGAGAGCCAAACUCUGGGGGCUGAGCUGACUUAGAUGAUGGCUGUGUUUUCUGGGGGACCUGCCUGUGAGCUCUGCCCUCAGUGCUAACCAAGGUGCUGACUCCUUCCUUCCUUGCUGGGUUCUGGCAGUGCCCCUUACCUCUGCACAUCAGACCAAACGGUGGGAGCUGGGCUUUUCCUGGAUGCUGGGUGGUAGCUGUUCUGCAGCCCCCCCAAGGCUGGGAAAGCGCCCAAGGCCAACCUGUCCUCCCAGGGCCUUGGACUCAUUUUGCCUCCCAAGAGGGCUUCCUUCUUGGGCAGUUUCCUGGAAGCCAGUAGCUUCAUCAUCCCCUGAGAGCAACUUCAGCUCUUCCUAUCAAGACUGUGAUGGAAAUUGGAAUACAGUCUUCCAUCUCUGUGUGAUGGGGGUGUGUAUGCAUGGGAAGGAAUCACGGGGUGUAACACUUCUUGGGACCAACUGUUGUAUUCUGCCCUUGAACAAUUGCAACGAGUACUAUUUAAUUUCCUAGGAUCUUCACACUCCACUCUGGGGAGAGCAAACGUGUCUUCCAAACUUCCCUUUGUUACGGUCUGUUGACGUUGCAGUGGAAGCAACCCAGGUAAAGACCUGUUCCUGAGUCUUGGACUUGUACCUGCUCCUUCCUUCUGCAUCUUGGCUUGAGAUGGCAUCUGUGUCAGUGCCAUGUGAUUUGCAAACCAGGCAGAAGGUAGCACGUUUCUUGGAGGGGCCUGAGGCUGGACGCACUUGGGGAUUGUGAGGCUGCAGUUGUCUGCGGGAAGACAAUGAGCAAUAAGUAAGAGAAGUCAAAGCCUGUUUCUAGAUUUGCGAUGGCACCAAAUGAAGUUGAUUCUGUGGCUUGGAAAGGGGACUCUUGGAUGAAUUGUCUGGUGGCCCUGGGCCAGGCCUUUGGUGGGGAGCUCUGCUUGUUGGCCAGCCUGUCUCCCCAGCAGCUCUCCUUGAGGCAUUGGCAUCUGAGAAGCCUUCUGAGAUUCCGUUUCUCAGCAGGAAGGAUGCCUCCAUCCCAAAGGGCUAUGAACCCUCCUUUGAGGAGGGGACUGUACCAUGGUCAUUCUCAUGGGAAAGGAAGUCUCAAGCAGGGAUAGAUGGGGUGAGAAAUUAUCGCUAUUUUCCCCUGCUCUUGGUCUUUAUUUUUGAUAAAUGAUCUAAAAGAUUUGGGGUUAAAUUAAUUUCAGCUGUUUAUUCCUUGUCCUUUUCAGGCAGAGGGAACUGGGCAGAGUUCAGAUUAGAAAUUUCGUGACUUUUUUUGGAGCGAAGUUGACAAACUGUAGCUUCUUCAGGGAAGAAACAGACUUCCUGAGCCUCAGGGCUUCAGCUCCAUCCCCCGGGAUUUGAAUCCUGGGCUGAAGUGUGCAUGGUUGGAGCCGUUUCUUGCAAUUUUGUUAGA